CUGCGCAUGCGUUUAAAUCAUGGCAGCACUGGCUGUAUCAUCCAACUGGUGAGGUUGAGAAAUUAUUACCAUAGUAAAGUUUUAAUGAUAGAAAUGGGUUGUUAACUCAUUCAUUUUUAUACGUGUGAAACUCUACACGGGGAGUGUACCGUACAGGAACUGAAGGAACAUCAUGACAGCUAACGAGGAUCAAGAGAUGGAGUUGGAGGCUCUUCGCUCCAUCUAUGAGGGGGAUGAGUGUUUUAAGGAGAUCAGUCCAGUUUCCUUUCAGUUUCGGAUAGGAGACCUCGAGGACACCAAAGCGUUCAUCCUGGAUGUCACGUGGCCAGAGGUGUACCCUGAGACGGCCCCACAAAUCUCCCUUGAUGCCUUUUUCAACAACAGAAUCUCUGCAGAGACAAAGCAGCAGAUCCUGUCAAAGCUGGAGGAGCAGGUGGAGGCUAACCUGGGCACUGCAAUGAUGUACACACUGUUUGAGUGGGCCAAGGAGAACCAGGAGGCCCUCAUGGAGAACCACAAGCCUGUAGUCACAUCUGUGACGUUGACAUCCAGCAGUGAGGUGACAAGUACCACCACAACUGGCAAGAAGAGGGAGAAGAAGGAACAGCUGACCAAAUCUCAGAAGAGGAGGAUUAUCAGCAGAACAGAUAACAAAGGAGAGCUGCCAAGAGGUUGGAACUGGGUUGAUGUUAUUAAACAUCUGAGUAAAACGGGAGGAAAAGAUGACGAGUAGGCGUGAGGGCAGUGAACUGAUGCUGCUUUAUACAAGGAAGAGCAGUGACGUCUGAACUCACUGCAGCCUGUUGAUGCUGCUACUCCUGUCUAGAUGCCUUCACAUCCUUCAGCUUCAACAUUUCAACACUCAACAUGGCUACUUCCACCCUGAGAACCAAAGCGGGCUCGAUAGCAAUGGACUUCAGGACUCGCAUACGUACACACACACACACACACACACUUCCAGCUAAACUGAGACUUUGCGCUGGGAAUUAUUAGAAGCCCUCUCUGUGUGUUAUGUGUUUGCACUGUUUGUAGAAUGCAGCCAUGUGAAGAGGAACCUAUCAGAUUUUGUUUAUCAUACACAAAUAUUCUGCUCAUCCAUCAGGGCGGAGUGUGCUUAAGAUCCUUGCUGUCACUGCCAUGUUUCCAGUCUGUGAGUUUAGGCCCAGCUGCCAGGCACAGUUGGAUUGUGUUUCUAAAUGGAUGUGUCAAAGUGUCGCGUAGCAUCCUGCUGUUACUUUAAGGUAUCAUGUGACUUUGUGAAAGCAGAGAAAUUUUUAAUGACACACAAUGUUACUAUUUUCACCAUUUUCUGAUUUGGAUGAAUGUUUCUUUUUCCCCAAGAAUUGAAAACCUUAAAUUUUAUACAUAAAUAAAACCACAUGUUGUA